AUGGAUGUAUUUGCUGCUAAAAUUGCUGAAGUUUUGGAAACAAGAGGGCAGCAGCAUGCGUUGGUUCUUGAUUUGCAGAAGCUUGUUUUAUUUCUGCACUCUUUUCCUUCUGAACCUUAUGCUGAAUGUAGGAGUUUAAGGUUAAAGCUGGGAAAAACAUUUGAUGAUCUUGCUUCUUUGUUGGCGACUCCAUCAAAAGGGCCGAACGUAAAUAGGAACCCUUUCCCGGAACAUGCCAAUACCAUUGGGGUUAUUCUGGAUGAUACGGAGUAUGUGGAACCAGUCAAAGAAUUGGCAAGGAAAGCUGAAGUGUUUGGGGUCACAGACCAACCUUUUGUCAUAGAACUGCCAUUUGAAGAGGACGAGAAACCCUUUAUCUUGGAUCUCACGCCAGCUGAGAGUGAGUCUUUAGAGCCGGUGGUUAUUGAAUUCCCGAAGCAGGAGCCUGUCCUGAGCCUGCAACAAGUACCAUGGAAUUAUGAUGAACCUACUGUACAGAUUGGGGAAAGGUCAAUUGCAAAGAAGGAAGUAUCAGUGGUCACAAGAUCGGGGAAAAUUGCAAGCCCGUUUGAAGCAACCAUUCCGAUUCAAGCAAAUAAUUCCGAGCCACCCGCCAAACCAACAAUCACUGAGAAGGAAGCCUUGGAUUUUCUUAAAAGGCUCCAGAGAAGUGAAUACAAUGUGAUUGAGAAGCUAAGCAAGUCACCUGCCCAGAUAUCCAUGUUGGAUUUACUUUUUUCUUCAGAUGUGCAUAGGGAUGCGUUGAUCGAGGUAUUGACUAAAGCUCAAAUCCCUAGGGACAUUUCUGUUGAUAAUUUUUCGCACGUGGUUGGGAGUGUGUUAUUCACCAAGCAAAUUACUUUUUCUGACGAGGAAUUGCCGGCGGAAGGCAUUGGACAUAACAAGGCCCUGUACAUAGUUGUGAGGUGCAACGGAAAAAUGUUGCCGAAGGUAUUAAUUGACAAUGGAUCUGCUCUUAAUAUCUGUCCUUGGAGCACCUUGGAAAAGCUGGGAUUACAAGACAUCAAGCUGAGGCCUUCAGGGACCAGUGGAGAGGUAAGAGUUUGUAUUGACUAUAGAGACCUCAAUAAAGCCAGUCCUAAAGAUGACUUCCCUCUACCAAACAUUCACAUUCUCUUAGACAAUACGGCCGGACAUGAGAUUGAAACCUUUUGCGAUUGUUUUGCUGGCUACCACCAAAUUUUAAUGGCAGAGGAGGAUAGGGAGAAGACUGCUUUCAUUACCCCUUGGGGUACCUUUUGCUACCGAGUCAUGCCUUUUGGUUUAAAGAAUGCCGGAGCAACAUAUCAGAGGACCAUGACAACCCUAUUUCAUGAUAUGAUCCACCGAGAAAUGGAGGUCUACGUGGAUGAUAUUAUAAUCAAGUCUAAAAGGGCAGAGGAUCACUUGGUUGAUCUGAAGAAAUUAUUCGAGAGGUUACGGAAGUACAAUUUGAAGCUAAAUCCUGCAAAAUGCGCCUUCGGAGCACCUGCGGGUAAGCUGUUGGGAUUCAUUGUUAGCAAGAAGGGCAUAGAAAUAGAUCCGGCAAAAAUCAAAGCAAUUCGAGAUAUGCCAGUGCCGAAAACUCAGAAGGACGUGAAAAGCUUCUUAGGGAAGAUCAAUUUCAUUGGGAGGUUCAUCGGCCAACUAACUGCCACAUGCGAGCCGUUGUUCAAAUUAUUGAGAAAGAAUGUGCCGUUGUAUUGGAAUGAGGAGUGUCAACAGGCUUUUGACAAGAUUAAAGAUUAUUUGUUGCAUCCACCAGUUUUAGUGCCGCCCAAACCGGGCCGACCUUUGAUUAUGUAUUUAUCUGUACUCGAUGGAGCAGUAGGGUGUGUUCUAGGUCAGCACGAUGAAUCCGGAAGGAAAGAACAAGCCAUUUACUAUCUAAGCAAGAAGUUCACGCAGUACGAGGCUAAUUAUUCAUUCAUUGAGAAAAGCUGCUGUGCAUUGGCCUGGGCAGCCCAGAAGUUGAGACACUAUCUGUUGAGCCAUACCACUUAUCUUCUUUCCCGGUCUGAUCCUUUGAAGUAUCUUUUGGAGAAGCCGAUGCUGACUGGGCGUUUGGCGAAAUGGCAAAUAAUUCUCUCAGAAUUCGAUAUUGUUUUUACCUCACAAAAGGCGGUCAAGGGGCAAGCUAUAGCUGAUCAUUUGGCGGAAAAUCCAAGGGAUGAUGAUUAUCAACCACUCCGUACUUAUUUCCCUGACGAGAGGGUCCUAUUUGUAGGUGCUGCAGAUGAUAUAAGUGAACAAAGUCCUGAAUGGAGGCUUUUCUUCGAUGGAGCUUCGAAUUCUCUCGGAGCUGGAAUUGGAGCUGUUUUGGUGUCACCCGAAGGGAAGCAUUACCCUGCCGCUGCCAAAUUGCAAUUCGCUUGCACGAAUAACAUGGCUGAAUAUGAAGCUUGCAUUUUUGGUCUCAAAAUGGCUUUGGAAAUGGAAAUCAAGGAGUUGAUAGUUUUUAGUGAUUCAGAUUUGCUCGUGAACCAAACUUUGAAGCAGUGGAUAACCAAAGAUUCAAAAAUUCUACCCUACCAUUGUAGUCUGCUCACUCUGGCCAAGCAAUUUCAAAAGUUGGAAUUCAGACAUCUCCCUCGAGCCCGAAACGCAUUUGCUGAUGCUUUGGCCACCUUGGCUUCCAUGAUCCAGUAUCCAGAUGAAUUAAAGAUAGAACCAAUCCAAGUUCAACUUCAAGACAAGCCUGCCCACUGCUGGGUUGCAAAUGAGUCUUCUGACAAUGUUCCUUGGUAUAGUGAUCUUAAGGAGUUUCUUAAAACUGGGUCUUACCCUCUGCAUGCUGGUACAAAAGACAAGAAUUUUCUGCGUAGAAUGGCUUCCAAAUUCUUCUUAAAUGGAGAAGUGUUAUACAAAAGAACCUCAGAUUUGAACCUUUUAAGGUGCAUUGAUGAAGAUGAAGCUCAAUAUAUGAUGAAAGAAGUGCAUAGUGGCGUUUGUGGACCUCACAUGAAUGGCCAUUUGCUAGCAAAGAAAAUCAUGAGAACCGGAUACUUCUGGCUUACUAUGGAGCAUGAUUGUAUAGAUUUUGUCCGGAGAUGUAUAAAAUGCCAAAUGCACGGUGACAUUAUACGCGCUCCGCCCACUGAGUUGCAUAGCAUGACCGCCCCGUGGCCCUGUUCAAUGUGGGGUAUGGACGUGAUUGGUACAAUCGAUCCUCCCGCUUCAAAUGGACAUCGAUUUAUAUUGGUGGCGAUCGAGUACUUUACCAAAUGGGUUGAAGCGGAGUCAUUCAAACAUGUCACGAAGAAGGUAGUGGCCAAUUUCCUGAGAGAUCACAUCAUCUGUCGUUUCGGAGUACCCGAAACGCUUAUCACGGACAAUGCCAAGAAUCUGAACAAUGACAUGGUAGAUGGACUAUGUGAGCAGUUCAAAAUCAAACACCGCAAUUCUGCCAUUUAUAGGCCUCAGAUGAAUGGAGCUGUAGAAGCCGCAAAUAAGAAUUUGAAGAAGAUUAUCCGCAAAAUGACAGAAAAGCAUCGCGAUUGGCAUGAAAAGUUGCCUUAUGCAUUAAUGGCGUAUCGGACUUCUAUCCGGACAUCAACUGGGGCAACGCCGUAUUCACUCAUGUAUGGAAUGGAAGCUGUGUUACCAGCUGAGGUUGAAAUUCCGUCGCUACGGAUCCUUACGGAAGCUAAAUUAGAGGAGGCCGAUUGGAUCAAGCAGCGUCAUGAGCAAUUGACUUUGAUAGAUGAAAAACGAUUCAAUGCUAUCUGUCAUGGUCAGUGCUAUCAAAAACGUGUGGCCCGAGCUUACAACAAAAAAGUCCAUCGGCGGGCAUUUGAAGAAGGUGAUAAGGUACUGAAGCGAAUUUUGUCAAUGCAAGAUGAAGCUAAAGGCAAGUUCGCUCCAAAUUGGCAAGGGCCGUUCAUUAUCCAAAAGGUAUUACCUGGCGGAGCUCUUAUUUUGGCGGAAAUGGAUGGACGGGUUUUCCCUCAACCCAUCAACUCAGAUAUGUGCAAAAAGUUUUUCAUUUGA